ACAGCCCAAUGGCGAGCGACUCGAUGGGCACUCACCCAAUGGCUCUGGAGCUGGGCGGAGUCCUGCGCCACGAGGCUUGCUGACAAUCGUGCCGGCAUUUCUGCCCGUGCUUGGGCAUUUCUGCCAACGUGGGAAGAAGUUGUAGAGCAAGCGGAAUUUAAACCCAAAGUGCCAGCAGGGUACCAGAAGGAUGGGGCCCGCACCUGCGGGAGCGCAGCAUCGCGGAACUGCUGAGGAGCCGGAGAUGAUGGAGUCAGCUCUCGAAGGCCCAGUCAAGGAGGGGAAAAGGGAAUCCUCAAAGAAGCGUCCAGUGGCUGGGUCUCCAGUGGGUCUUCUGCAGCCAGUGAAACUCAGCCGGGCAGAACUGUACAAGGAGCCUACCAAUGAGGAGCUGAAUCGCCUUCGGGAGACUGAAAGUCUGUUCCAUUCCAGCUUGCUCCGAUUACAGGUAGAGGAGCUACUAAAGGAAGUGAGGCUAUCAGAGAAGAAGAAGGAGCGGAUUGAUGCUUUCCUACGGGAGGUCAACCAGCGGAUCAUGAGGGUGCCCCCAACCUCUGAGACAGAGCUGACAGACCAGUCAUGGCUCCCGAAUGGAGUUCGAGUCCCCCUCCACCAAGUACCCUAUACUGUGAAGGGCUGCUUCCGCUUCCUGGCCCCAGCCCAGGUCACUGUUGUGGGCAGUUACCUUCUGGGCACCUGCAUCCGGCCAGACAUCAAUGUGGAUAUGGCAUUGACCAUGCCCAGGGAGAUCCUCCAGGACAAGGAUGGCUUGAACCAACGCUACUUCCGCAAGCGCGCCCUCUACCUGGCUCACUUGGCUCACCACCUGGCCCAAGACCCACUCUUUGGCAGCGUUCACUUUUCCUACACCAGUGGCUGCCACCUGAAACCCUCACUGCUGCUGCGGCCGCAUGGGAAGGACAAGCACUUGGUCACUGUACGUCUGCAUCCAUGCCCUCCACGUGAGUUCUUCCGCCUGUGCCGCCUGCUGCCUUCCAAGAACAACGUGCGCUCUGCCUGGUACCGAGGGCAGAGUCUGUCGGGGGAUGGUAGCCCAGAACCCCCUACCCCUCACUAUAACACGUGGGUCCUGCAGGACACGGCCCUUGAGUCCCACGUGCAGCUGCUGUCAACCAUGCUGGGCACAGCCUCGGGGCUGAAGGAUGGUGUGGCACUUCUGAAGGUCUGGCUGCGGCAGCGGGAACUGGACAAGGGCCUGGGAGGGUUCAGCGGGUUCAUUGUCUCCAUGCUGGUUGCCUUCCUUGUGUCCACGCGCAAGAUCCACACCACCAUGAGCGGCUACCAGGUCCUGAGAAGCAUCUUGCAGUUUCUGGCCACCACAGAUCUGACAGUCAAUGGGAUCAGUUUAUGUUCCAGCUCAGAUCCCUCCUUGCCGGCUCUGGCUGACUUCCACCAGGCCUUCCCUGUUGUCUUCCUGGACUCCUCAGGCCAUCUCAACCUCUGUGCGGAUGUCACUGCCUCCACUUACCGCCAGGUGCAGCACGAGGCACAGCUCUCCAUGGCGCUGCUGGACAGCAGAGCUGACGAUGGGUUCCAGCUGCUGCUGAUGACCCCCAAACCCAUGAUCCGGGCUUUUGACCACAUACUGCAUCUCUGUCCACUGAGUCGCCUUCAGGCAGCAUGCCACCGGCUAAAGCUGUGGCCAGAGCUGCAGGAUCACGGCGGAGACUAUGUCUCAGCUGCUUUGGGCCCACUGACCACUCUGCUGGAGCAGGGCCUGGGGUCUCGGCUGCACCUGCUGGCUCACUCUCGGCCCCCAGUCUCAGAGUGGGACAUCAGCCAGGAUCCGCCGAAGCAUAGAGACUCCAGGGUCCUGACCCUGGGACUGCUCCUCCGGCCUGAGGGACUGACCAGUGUUCUUGAGCUGGGUCCAGAGGCUGACCAGCCCGAGGCCGCUGCCUUCCGCCAGUUCUGGGGAUCUCGCUCAGAGCUUCGGCGUUUCCAGGAUGGAGCCAUUCGGGAAGCUGUGGUCUGGGAAGCAGCCUCUCUGGCCCAGAAGCGACUUAUUCCCCACCAGGUGGUCACUCACCUCUUGGCGCUCCAUGCUGACAUUCCAGAUACCUGUGUCCACUAUACAGGGGGCUUCCUGGAUGCACUGAUCCAAGGCCUGAAAGAGACUUCAAGCACAGGAGAGGAGGCCCUGGCAGCUGCUGUGCGUUGCUAUGAUGACCUCAGCCGCAUGUUGUGGGGACUGGAAGGUCUCCCGCUGACUGUGUCUGCUGUGCAGGGAGCCCACCCAGUGCUGCGCUACACUGAGGUUUUCCCACCAACCCCAGCCCGGCCAGCCUGCUCCUUCUACGAGCACCUGCGAGAGCGGGCCUCGCUGCUGCCCCGGCCUGACAAGCCCUGUCCAGCCUACGUGGAGCCCAUGACUGUGGUGUGUCACCUGGAGGGCAGUGGUCAGUGGCCACAGGAUGCUGAGGCCAUACGGAGGGUCCGGGCUGCCUUCCAGCUGCGCCUGGCUGAGCUGCUGAUGCAGCAGCAUGGGCUGCAGUGCCGCGCCACGGCCACGCACACCGAUGUCCUCAAGGAUGGGUUCGUGUUCCGGAUUCGUGUGGCCUAUCAGCGGGAGCCCCAGAUCCUGAGGGAGACGCGGAGCCCCGAGGGGAUGAUCUCACUGAGGGACACGCCUGCCUCCCUCCACCUCGAGAGGGACACAAAGCAGCUGCCUCUGCUGACCAGUGCCUUGCAUGGGCUCCAGCAGCAGCACCCAGCCUUCUCUGGGGUGGCUCGGCUGGCCAAGCGGUGGGUGCGAGCCCAGCUUCUGGGUCAAGAGUUCACUGACGAGAGCCUGGACCUGGUGGCUGCUGCCCUUUUCCUGCACCCUGAGCCCUUCACCCCUCCCAGCUCCCCCCAGGUGGGCUUCCUUCGGUUCCUUUUCCUGGUCUCAACCUUUGAUUGGAAGAACAACCCCCUUAUUGUCAACCUCAACAAUGAGCUCACAGCGGAGGAGCAGGUGGAGAUCCGCAGUGUCUUCCUGGCAACUCGGACACAACUCCCUGUGAUGGUCAUCAUCACCCCCCAAGAUCGCAAAAGCUCUGUGUGGACACAGAAUGGACCCUCACCUCAGAUCCUGCAGCGGCUUGUGGUCCUGGCAGCCGAGGCCUUGCCUGUCCUAGAGAAGCAGCUAAUGGAUCCCCGGGGGCCUGGGGACAUCAGGACAGUGUUCCGGCCACCCUUGGACAUGUACGACGUGCUGAUCCGCCUGACUCCCCGCCACAUCCCCCGGCACCGCCAGGCUGUGGACUCUCCAGCUGCCUCCUUCUGCCGAGGCCUGCUCAGCGAGCCGGGGCCCUCCUCCCUGAUGCCUGUGCUGGGCUACGAUCCUCCUCAGCUCUAUCUGGCACAGCUUAGGGAGGCCUUUGGGGACCUUGCCCUUUUCUUCUAUGACCAGCAUGGUGGAGAAGUGAUCGGGGUCCUCUGGAAGCCCACCAGCUUCCAGCCCCAGCCCUUGAAGGCUUCCAACGCAAAGGGGCGCAUGGUGGUGUCUCAAGGUGGGGAGCUGGUGAUGGUCCCCAACGUAGAAGCCAUCCUGGAGGACUUUGCCAUCUUGGGUGAAGGCCUGGUCCAGGCCGUGGAGGCACGGAGUGAGAGGUGGACUGUGUGAUCUCCAGCCCAGGGGCGAGCUGUAGGUGGACAGCAGGGCUUCAGACCCCUGGAGCAAGAUGUCAAUGGCGUAACCACCCUCACUGCAUAUGGACCCUCCAAGGAGGGCUUGCUGGCCUGAACAUGUCCCCAAGAAAGUCCUGUCCCAAUUUUCUGUCUGACGCUUCAACACUGGGGCAAGGGCCAUGUGUCCUCUGGAAUCCCCUGGGCAGACCAUCUGAACUCCCAGAAGAGGAGUGGAAAUCAUCUCAGAGGGGGAACUGAAUGAACCCAGAGAGCCACCUACCUGUCAGCCUGGCCCGGACUUUUUUUUUUUUUUUUUUUUAAUGUUCACAUGCAUCCACCCAG